AUGAUAUUCUGGGUCGGAGGACUUAUUCUUGGCCUUACCAAAUUAUUCUACCCAGAACUGCCACGGCCAGAAUAUCCAGAAAAGGGAGAUCCACCGUGUAAAGCGCAAAAAGUGCAUCUUCGUAGAGCUUUUUUUACGGGAUUCCAAUUGGAAGUCAAGUCCCAGACAGGUCAUACGUUGGAUCCUGAUUGCAUCACGGCUGGCGCUGCUCAGGAUGCGCUCACGACUUUCAGGGAACAUGAUCCUGGGCGAGGAAGACCGCCCCAUACAGUCAAAAUCAAUCGUGGAUUGCAACGAGUUCCCUUGGGCAGAGAAGUUGCCAGACGCCUUUUAAAUGACUACGAAGGAUGGAAGAGAGUGAGUUAUUAUGAACUUGUUUUGUUUCAACCCUCUCAAGCAGAAGGAGUGAUGACUUUAGGCUGGUCAACCCAACCCACCUUGUCAUAA